UUUUUUUCGUGUAUUCAAAAGCGAUAGCCAAGGAUUCGAUUAGCGACCGCAUUACAGCGCGCAUGCGGGGGGAUGUGUUGAUGCUGCUGAGAGCGUCGUCGCUCUGCUGAUCAGCGCAUGAUGUGUUCGAGCAAGGCCAUUUCGGCGCUUUCUAACAACUUCAGCUCAAUUUAGCCGUCGUGGCCAAUCAGCUGCAUUUCUUUCAUUGCUAGUGUCAACUCUUGUUUAGAUAGCCCUCAGAUGGAUUUGUUCAGCGAUCUGCCAGAGCCAGAAAGCGUGUCCAAGGCCGUUCGGCAGGAGCCCGUGGCCAAGGAGAUCCGCCGCAAACUGAUCACCAAGGCCCAGAACGACGCACUUUUUGACGAUCUGCCAUCACCGUCUUCGACCGAGGAGAAGGUUCCUCCGCAGCCGAUCAAAAGGCCACGAGAUGAAGAGCAGGACGACGCGCAAAACAAGAGGCCCGCGCAAAGUGUCAUUACGCUCCGUGGCUUCGUGGCGGAGCGCAAGGGAGAGCGGGAGGACAUGCAAGAUGCGCACGUCAUCCAAGAUGCUUACCACGCAGACAUUCCUCAAUUGCACGGUUCCAUAUGUCGGCUUGCAUACUAUGCUGUCUUUGAUGGGCACAAUGGUUCCCGAGCGUCACGGCAUGCAGCUCAGCAGCUGCAUCGGCAACUCGCCACCCGUUUCCCGAAGGGUGACAUGAGCCAUGUUGAAAAGGAAAUCAAGCGAACCAUCAUGGAAAGCUUCAAGAAGACGGACGAGGAUUUCCUGAAGAGGGCAGCGAGUUCCAAGCCCUCUUGGAAAGACGGCACCACAGCUGUCCUUGUGGUUGCCAUUAACAACACACUGUACAUUGCCAACCUCGGUGACAGCAAAGCCAUCCUGUGCAGAUACCACGAGGAGUCGCAGAAGCACAUUGCGAUCCCAUUGAGCAAAGAUCACAGUCCAACAGACUAUGGUGAAAGGAUGCGCAUCCAAAAAGCAGGAGGAUAUGUGAAGGACGGACGAGUGCUAGGUGUGCUGGAGGUGUCUCGCUCAAUCGGUGACGGCCAGUACAAGCGAUGCGGUGUCAGCUGCCUCCCAGACGUCAUGCGUUGCCAGCUGACGCCUGCUGACCGUUUUCUUGUGCUUGCUUGCGAUGGUCUCUGGAAGGUCUUCACCUCAGACCAGGUUCUUGCAAGUGUGCUCGCCACUUUGCAGGUGGGUGCCGUUCCUUGCUUCUUCAUGGGGUUCUUUUGGGACAUUGAAGCGAAACGGUACAUCAAUUUACAGACAUAA